CACUGUAGCAAGCGUCAGCUGUCCGCCUUUUUGUUUGAAAUGAAGUAACAUUUUUUUGAUCUAAGUAGCCAAUUAUUAAAAGGCAACACAUUUUCGGUUUGUUUGCCUGCUACACUCCCAAAAUUAAUUGUGUGCGUGUAAAUGUAAAAGCAAUCAAAAUUCUCUGUGGAAACGUUAUGGCACAGAUUACAACUGAAAAAAGGACAACGGCAGCGAUGCGUUCACAUGCGACACCCGUUGCAGCCUCUGCCGCUGCCUCUGCCUCAGCUUCUGCUUCAGCUGCUGCCUCUGCCGCCAAGGAGAAUGCGCGACAACGUGCAACUCCAUCGAAUGGUAAAGGCAUCGAAAUCUUGGACUUUCAUGAAUCCUGGCUAGAAGAAGUUGAGCUCUAUAAGGAUAAACUGGUCACGUGCAAGCAACUCUCUCAUCAUAAUCAUCAAUCCAAUCAUCAAUCGACACAUAACUACAAUUAUAAUAGCCCUCGAAGGCUCUCCAGUCAAAUGCGUAGCUCGGCCGGACACGCUCCAAUGACAUCUCCACCAAAAUCACCGAAAGGUCAACAACAACAACAACAAAAAUCACCGCCAUCGCCAAGGCGUUCUAAGGUAACGGAUGCUUCGGCUGCUGCCCUUGCCACUGCAGCACCCGCCAAGUCGCCGCCACCGCGUAUCACACCCAAGUUGAACCCUGUGCCAGCGCCAGUUGUUGGCGUGCUACAGUCUGAGCCAUAUAAAAAAGUUCAGAUGCUUUUAAAGCGUGCACGUGAAGAUGCUCUUGCCAAAAAUGCAACGAAUAGCAACGGCAACGGCAACAGCAGCAGCUGUAAGCGUUCUAAUACCGGCACGAGCUGCCAUAGUCCUCCAAGGAGUGGAUUGGCCAAAAGCUCCAGUGCGACGACUAUUAAGGCAUCCAGCAAGAUAGUUGUUAAUACGUUCCAUGGCAGCAGCAUGCUGAAUGGACAGCAACACGAUGAAAAAAGCAAAAUAUUAACCCAAAAUGGUCUGACCAAAUCAGCAGCAUCGGCCCUGGAGACAAGCCUCUAUGCAUCUCUGUAUGCGCAACCAUCGCAGUUACCACUUCAAUACGUUGGAUCACGUAUCGCCUCUGGUGAACACAAUAAUUACAUGGGCGUCACACUAAAUAAGUGUGUCAGCAUUAACCAUGAGGGUCGUCAAAACGAUGAUGAUCCCUGUGCUGCCAUUGACGAAAUAACCAGCUAUGAUGACUCCGAUUCGGAGGAAGACUAUGUGGGCACUCCAUUCUAUGUAGACGACGACAACGACGAGACAAGCCAGAGCCGACACAUUCGUCUAAAACUGGACAAAGUGCCAUCAAAGGCCUCAGUGGCAACCACAACCACUGCAGAUUCUGAAGCAUCUGUAUACUAUAGGCCAGAGGCAAUAUUGUCACCCAGCUUGUUCCCAAAUGUGCCACCAUAUCUGAACUUCACUUCGCAUGCAGACAAGGGUCCUCCCAUGCCUGCCGCUCUGCACCGUGUCCUUAAAUGGAAGCUUAGUCCAGUCAUGCCCAAGAUCGUAAAGCGUGUCGUUCUUAAUUCGGGAUUUCGUAUUAUCAAAAAUACAACCGAUUGGAUGGCCGUUUGGGAAAAGCACAUGAAGAGUCCUGGUUUCCGUACCAUACGCUCUCACCAGAAGUACAAUCAUAUGCCAGGAUCGUUUCGUAUUGGACGAAAGGACACAAUGUGGCGUAGCAUUGCCUGCAAUAUGAAGAAAUUCGGCAAAAAGGAAUUUGGCAUUAUGCAAAAAUCGUACAUAAUGCCGGAUGAUUUGGAGAAUCUGCGCCAGGUGUGGCCAAAGAAUGCCUCCAAGCUUACCAAAUGGAUUGUUAAACCGCCAGCAAGUGCUCGAGGCACUGGCAUCCGCAUCGUUAACAAAUGGAGUCAGUUUCCCAAGGAUCGUCCACUGGUUGUCCAAAAGUAUAUUGAACGUCCACUACUGAUCAAUGACAACAAGUUCGACAUGCGACUUUAUGUGGUGCUAACGUCCAUAAAUCCUCUGCGUAUCUACAUGUUCAAGGAUGGAUUAGCUCGCUUUGCAUCGGUCAAGUACAGUUCGGAGCUCGGGAAUCUGGAUGAGCGCUGCAUGCAUCUGACCAAUUACAGCAUCAAUAAAUUCUCACAGAAUUAUGCGAAGAAUGAGGAUUUCAAUGCUUGCCAGGGCCACAAGUGGACCUUGCAAUCGUUGUGGUCCUGCCUGGAGAAUCGUGGCGUUAACACAAAACGCCUUUGGGCCACGCUGAGGAAUUUGAUCAUCAGAGGUAUUAUAAGCGGUGAAUCGGGCCUUAAUCGAAUGUAUCGACAGAAUGUUAACUUCCGGUACAAUUGUUACGAACUAUUUGGAUUUGAUGUUCUGCUUGACGAGAAUCUCGUGCCGUGGUUGUUGGAAAUUAACAUUUCGCCAUCGCUGCAUUCAGAGCUGCCGCUCGACUUGCAUGUGAAAGGACCAAUGAUACAAGCAGUUCUCAAUACCGCGUUAUACCAGGUGCCGCCCAAGCUGAACGAACGACAGCAGCAGGAGAUACUUGAGGAACUGCAGCUGGAGGGACCACUGGUGCAUGACAAGCGCAUCUUCACUACUUGCCUAACUGCCGAAGAGGUGCGCAAACAUAAUCAUUUCACCAGUCGUGCAAUUGAGUUCCGUGAGGAGUAUGUGGACACCAUACUGGACAAUCUACUGCCAGACGAUGUGCGUUGUCUCAUCGUUGCUGAGGAUGAGCUGGCUCGAUGUAAGCCUCUGGAGCGCAUCUUUCCCACUCCAGGCACACACACGUUCCUCCCGUACUUUGAGAACGCUCGUUAUUACAACCGCCUGCUAGAUGCUUGGGAAACCAAGUAUGGCAGGAACCGUGAAGUGGGAAUUGCGUUAUUAUCACGCCUGUGCAAGGAAAAAUACCACUUACAAGUCUCCGAGGCAGCCAUGGAAAAGGAACCUAAUGUGGCCCUUACCGAAAUUGACAUGCUGCAUGUGAAAAAGGACGAAAUUUUGGACAACCCGACAAAUCUUCCAAUAAUCAAGACUGCUGAAAACAGUGAAGUGUCGAUUACUGGCCAAAAUACCAGAAGUCAAGAACCGGUCAUUGAUCAGUAAAACCUCAAGACUGAAUGUAAAUAGAACUGGCGUUUAUAUACGAAAAAAUAGCCCCUCUCUGUUUGUUUAAUCGUGUAUUACGACAGACACACAAAACUGCAGUCUUUUAACAAAUUUACGUUCAAUAUCUAAAUAAAGUUCAAACAUUUCUGGUUAUUUCUACAAAAAAAAAAA